AUGUUUUUAAAAAUAUAUACAUAUAUAAUACUUUUGUGUUUCAUUAUAUUAAAAUCGUCAGAAGAAAAAGCAUAUAUAAAAAAAAAUAUUUUUAAAUAUUUAUUUUUAAAUCCAACAUUUAAAAAAAAUAUAUAUAAAAAAAAAGAAUUAUUUUAUAAUGGUUUAAGAAUAGGUCAAGGUUAUGAUAUUCACCAAAUAAAGGUUUGUGAAAAUAGUAAUGAAUUAUUUAAAAAUAUAAGUAAUGGAUUAAAAAAUGAAAAUAAUUUUAAAAGAUUGACAAUUGGUGGAGUUAAAAUGCCUAACAUUUUUGUUUUAUCUCACAGUGAUGGUGAUAUAAUAUAUCAUUCUUUAGUUGAUUCUAUUUUAGGUGGUUUAACUUAUUUUGAUAUAGGAACUUUAUUUUCUGAUAAAAAUGAAAAAUAUAAAGAUAAAAAUUCUUCCUUUUUUUUAAGAUAUACCAGAUUAUUAUUACAUAAAAAAAAUUAUAAAAUUGGAAAUAUAGAUAUUAAUGUAAUUGCAGAAAUACCAAAAAUAUCUCUAAUAAGAAAUCAAAUAAUAAAAAAUAUAUCUACUCUGUUAAAUAUUCAUGAAUCACAAAUUAGUAUUAAAGGAAAAACACAUGAAAAAAUAGGAAUAAUUGGAGAGAAAAAAGCAAUAGAAUGCUUUUCUAAUGUUUUAUUAGUACCAAAAGGUUAA